CUCCCCCACCAUCCUUUUCUCUUUGGCUUCAACAACAACGUCUCAAAUCAUAUACUCUUCUGACUUCACAGUUUCCAGUCACUCUUUCGCAGCUUCUGCAACUUGAUUAAAUUUAGUGUUCCCCAAAACCAACUCGUUUCUCCUUUUCAUCCGCGAGCCUCGUUGACUUCCUCCCAACCUCACCAAUUCACCUUCAAAGCGACGCAAUGGCGGAUUCCAUCGAGAAUUUUGCGGAAUUGAUUCCGGGAGAUACGCCUGCGGACGUCGAUAUGGGCAAUGAAGUCAUGGUCGAAAUUGAUGCCAGUGGUGCUGGAGCCGAUAACGACGACCACGAGAACGGCCUCCCCUUCCAGGAAGAAGCCAUGGAAGACGCUCCGGUCCGUGUCACGUACAUUGACUACCUCAAGUCUCCGGUGAUUGGAUUGCUGGUUGGGCAAGGAGAUGAACAGGCGCUUUUGACUGCUCAUCAAGCUCUCCUGAUAAGCAGUCCUUGGUUUGCGGAUGCUUGUGCUAAGUUCAGCGAUGAGGUUUCUGAGCGCCGAAUUGACCUUAUUGACGAAGACCUCGACGCCGUUGGAUGCUUCCUCGAAUUCCUGUACACAGGCGACUACUUCCCGCGCAAACUUCCCGGCACACGAGAUCUCGAGAAAGACCCGCACACGCCCGACGUCGACGAGACAGGCGACCAGCUCCUCAAGCACGCACGAGUCUACACGCUCGCCGAAACGCUCAGCCUGCCCAUCCUCAAGACCCUCGCCUCCUCGAAGAUCCACUGCGUGAACUCGACCGCCAAGGGCGAGAUCGCAUACGCCAGAUACGUCUACGCCCACACACACAAGGACGAUACCGCGAUCCGGGCACCCGUGGCGAAUUUCUGGGCUACGAGGAGUCACACCCUGCGGACGGAGGCGGAGGACGAGUUCAGACAGAUGUGUUUGGAGUUCCCGCAGUUCGGAUACGACGUCCUCACGCGUGUCUUGGACGAGAAGGUCAAGCGAGAAAAGCAGGAGAAAAUGCAUCCCUCUUCAGCGCACACACCAGGCAGCUCUCGAAAGCGUGCUCGC